CAUCCAAAGUGUAUCAUAUUCUUAAACUUCUAAAUUCAAAUCUUUCUUUCAAACUUCUAAAUUUGAUAAUACAAUUUGUAAAAAUCUUCAAUAAUAUGACAUCUAUGAAAAGAAGCAGAGAAGACAAUAUGCAAGUUGAAGUAGAGGCCAUGGCUAAUUGCACCUUAAUGCUUUUGUCUCGUUUCAACAACACUUCUUCAUCAUCAGAUCAUCAUCACAUUAAUGAUUUUGAAUGCAAGACUUGCAAUAAACGCUUCCCGUCUUUUCAAGCUUUAGGCGGUCAUCGUGCAAGCCAUAAUAAAAAGCCAAGAUUACUCGGAGAGUUUCUUGUUCAAACCAACAAAAAGAAUAAGAUGCAUAAAUGCUCUAUUUGUGGUGUGGAGUUUUCUUUGGGUCAAGCCUUAGGAGGGCACAUGAGGCGUCAUCGCGAUGAAAUUAAUAAAACGUCGAGGAUGAUACCAGUGUUGACGAAGUCGAAUAGCAGCAAGAGGAUAUUUUGUCUGGACUUAAACUUAACCCCUCGUAAUGAUAAUGUUGAUUUCAAGUUAUGGCCGACCGCACCAAUUGCAUCUCCUGUUUUGAGAAUCUUUAUUUAAUUUGUUCAUUUUAGACAUUUUGCAUUCAUUUUUGUUGUAUAUAAUCCUUAAUUAGUUCGUUCAUUCCUUUACUUCAGUAACGUAAUAAAGUUUGAUUCAAUUAAA